UUCCGCUUCCGGCGCGCUGACGUCACGCCGCGCCGCCGGCAGCGUCGCCAUGAAGGAAGCCUUGGAGCUGCUGUGCCGCGUACCGGCGCAUCCCGACUCCCGUUGCUGGUUCCUGGCCUGGAGCCCCGGCGGAGGGCUGCUGGCCUCCUGCGGCGGCGACCGGCUCGUCCGGCUCUGGGGAAGGGAAGGGCCGGGCUGGUCCUGCCGGGCGGUGCUGGGCGAGGGGCACCAGCGCACGGUGCGCAGGGUGGCCUGGUCCCCCUGCGGCUCCUACCUGGCCUCCGCCAGCUUCGACGCCACCACCUGCAUCUGGAAGAAGCAAGAGGAUGGCUUUGAGUGCGUCACCACCCUGGAGGGGCACGAGAACGAGGUGAAGUCGGUGGCCUGGGCUCCCUCCGGCACCCUGCUCGCCACCUGCAGCCGAGACAAGAGCGUCUGGGUCUGGGAAGUGGAUGAGGAGGAGGAGUACGAGUGCGUCAGCGUCCUCAACUCCCACACGCAGGACGUCAAGCACGUGGUUUGGCACCCCAACCAGGAGCUGUUGGCCUCGGCCAGCUACGACGACACGGUGAAGCUGUACCACGAAGAGGAGGACGACUGGGUGUGCUGCGCCACGCUGGAGGGCCACGAGUCGACGGUGUGGAGCGUAGCCUUCGACCGCAGCGGCGAGCGCUUGGCUUCCUGCAGCGAUGACAAGACGGUGCGCAUCUGGCGCCGGUACAAGCCGGGCAACGAGGAAGGGGUGGCUUGCAGCGGCACCGACCCCACGUGGAAGUGCGUCUGCAACCUCUCUGGCUACCACACGAGGACCAUCUACGACGUAGCCUGGUGCCACCUCACCGGAGCGCUGGCGACGGCCUGCGGCGACGACGCCAUCCGAGUCUUCGAGGAGAGCGCAUCCUCCGACCCGCAGCAGCCCACCUUCGGCCUCGCCGCUCACGUUCCCCGGGCGCACUCGCAGGACGUUAACUGCGUGGCCUGGAACCCGAAGGAGCCGGGCUUGCUGGCCUCCUGCAGCGACGACGGCGAGAUCGCCUUCUGGAAGUACCAGCGCCCCGAAGUUUGCUGAGACGUUCAAUUCUCUUGCGUGUUGUCCCCCUACCCAGCGGCGGGACCCUUCGGUGCUGCCGCCGGCACCCGGCCCCAUGCCGGUGCGGAAAGCAGGGCAGGGGAGAGGGUGACCGACCUCUUCUGCCUCACGGGCUGGACUUCUGCAUGCCCAGGACGAUGGGGGUCCCACCGGCCUCCCCAGGGAUGCAAACGGGAGCGCGGCGCCUUUGCCGGGAUCCGGCUGGCUUUCGGAGACAGGGCAGGACUUGCUCCCCCCUCCUUCUGCCCCAUGCUCAAUAAAUCUGUGCUCUCCUGG